UAUAGUAAGGUAGUAUAAACUCAUUGUUGUUCAACUCAAUAACAGUUUUACAAAGUAAUUUCAAAAUGAACGCCAAACUUUUUUUCAUUGUCGGUGCCAUUAUUUUGGGAGCCUCAUUAGUUAUGGGAUCAGAUGAUACAUGUAAGAAAGAUUGUCCAGAGAAUCAAAAAUUUGUUUGUGGUGGAGGUAGUUGUUUACCAACUUGUAGGACUCAAUAUCAAGAAUGUUGUAUCCGAAAUAUCAUGGCCCCUAGACGUUGCUACCCCAUUGACGGUUACGCAAUAAAUAAAGAUGGUAAAAGCAUUCCAAUCAACUCCGCUGAAUGUCAAAAAGAAGCUUUGCCGAAAUGCAAAUGUAAUAAUGGUAAUUGCGAAAAUGUUCCAGCUUAAAUAAAUGCGAUCAAAUUCAAAUGUUGAUGAAAAGUUCCAUUCAAAUCAAGAGAAAUAGAGAAGAAAGUAAUUUGAACGCCGGAAUCGAUUCAUAACUCAAAUAUUAUUGUCAAGCUAAAUUUUUGAAAAAUAAAUCAAUAAAUAGACAAAUCAACUA